UAUAAUCUUCGAAACACACAGGCGCUAGUAGAGAGCUUUAGAGGGCGAAAUGGGGCGCACCAGCAAGUCAUCGGCCCUCGUGCUGAUGUCUCUGCACGUCAUCGCCGCCGUGCUGCUACUGCUGCCUUCCGGAGCUCGUGCAGAGGGUGAGUGCGGCAAGGUGAAGUGCGGCAUGGGAAGCUGCGACGAGUCCAACAACUACGCAUUUGGCUUCGCGUGCCAGUGCAACCCCGGGUGGAGCCGCUACCAUCUCGGCGACAUGCAGUUCCCUUUCCUCCCCUGCGUCAUACCUAACUGCACCAUCAAGUCCUCGUGCCAAGAUGAGUCUCCUCCUCCGGCUCCAUCACAGCCCCCGCCGGCAGCAAUGACAAACCUUUCAGUCUACGACCCCUGCUUGCUGCAGUACUGCGGGGGUGGCAGCUGCGAGAAGACAGGCUUCACCCACCGGUGCGUCUGCCGCGACGACUUCAAGAACUUCUUCGACAACGAUACCUUCCCAUGCUACCGCCAGUGUUCCCUGGGAACUGACUGCUCCGGCCUCGGGAUCGGCAUACUCAACGGGUCCAACACGAGCACGUCGCCGCCAGCACCAGUGUCUUUCGCCCUCGAGAAGAGCAGCGCCCCAGGUGGUUGGGCGCCAGCAGCACACAUGUUGCCGGAGAUCAUCAUGCUGGUUUCCAUAUUCUUGGUCCAGACACUUCUGUGAAUUGGUGAUUGCUAAAUUAUGUGUGUGGUGUUUGAUCUGGGCAUAUAUGGUCCCAAUUUUCACAUUCUAGGAUCACUGUAAAUAAAUUUUGUGUAUGUUAUUGUAUUGAAAUAAAAGGGCUAGCAGAAAUCAAAUUCGACAGAACAGAAAAGCACAUCAACAGAACAUAACCGAAUGGCUACUUCAUGUCCAUUGCAACGACCCCACGAUUAGGACUAUAUAAGGUGGUAAGAUGUGCUUCCAGGUCUCGGUAAUAUCUAGAGCUAAUAGGGCAACGGAAUGUACCAUAGCACGCUAGAGCUGUGCCUAAUUACAAAUGGUCUCCAGCUAUGUAGA